AUGUCCAAGAAGCUUAAAUUAGACAAGAUGGCUAAAAUCUGUACUCAUUCAGGAUCAUUUCAUGCCGAUGAAUCUUUGGCAGUGUAUAUGCUCAAGCUUUUACCUCAAUUUCAAAAUGCAGAACUUGUGAGAUCAAGAAACCCAGAAGAUUGGGAAGCUAGUGAUAUUGUUGUUGAUGUGGGAGGCAUAUACGACGAAAAGAAGUUUUUUGAUCAUCAUCAACGUGAAUUUAAUACCACGUUUAACGAAAAGUACCAAACAAAGUUAUCAUCAGCUGGAUUAGUUUACAAACAUUUCGGUAAAGAUAUCAUCAAAGAAGUCUUGGGGUUGUCAUCAGAUGACAAGAACGUAGAAUUGUUGUAUGAUAAGGUGUACAAAGAGUUUAUUGAAAGUUUAGAUGCCAACGAUAAUGGAAUUAACAAUUAUCCCAAGGAUGCAGAACCAAAGUUCAAUGAUAGAAAUAUCACAUUACCCUCUAUAGUUUCAAAAUUAAACCCUAGAUGGAACGAGAGCUGUACUGAUGCAGAUUAUGAUCGUCAAUUCAAUGUUUCCAGCGAACUUAUGGGUAAAGUCUUUGUCAAUUUGUUAGAAGGAUAUGGCAAGGGUUGGCUUCCAGCUAAAACAAUUGUAGAAGACGCAUUCAACAAAAGAUUUGAGGUUGACCCUAGUGGUGAAAUAUUAGUGUUGUCACAGUUUUGCCCCUGGAAAGAACAUUUGUAUGCUAUUGAAAAGGAAAACAAUGCUGAAGGUGCCAUCAAGUUUGUUUUGUUCAAGGACUCCAGUGGUAAAUGGAGAGUCUCAACAGUAAGUGUGACUUCAAGCUCAUUUGAGUUCAGAUUGGGUUUACCUGAACCGUUGCGGGGAUUAAGGGAUGAAGAAUUGAGUGAAAAAGCAGGUGUGGAAGGUUGUAUCUUUAUCCAUGCAGCUGGAUUUAUUGGAGGUGCAAGUACUGAAGAGGGAGUAUUGAAAUUAGCGAGAAUAUCGUUAAAGAAGAAUUAA